CAGUUAUUCCGUGAUGCCGUCGACCCAUCAGGUUGCCUAGAGUUGUUUGAAUCGUCUCUACGCAUCCAGGAUCAAAAGCUGCCUCGUCAAUCUUCCUUAGCUGGCACUGGCCUCUCUUCAUUCAUCCCGUCCUCUUGUUUACCACCAGAGCGCCAACCAUGGCACACUAUGGAGACUGCUUGUCGGUUGGAGUUCGAGCUGAAGUCGGAUCUGCAGGGUCUAGUUAAAUGUCUAUAUGGAGGUGCCGUCGAGUUUCGCUGGGUCCCAGCCUACUUUCCGUUCACCCACCCGUCCUGGGAGCUAGAGAUCCGAAAACUUACGUCAGCUGAUUCAGGUACUUUGUCUUCUACUCCCACAUCUUCUGAUAGCAAUGAGUUUGUUGCUCCGAAUGAGGACGAUUGGAUCGAGGUACUCGGCUGUGGGCUAAUGCGUCAGGAGAUUCUCGAAAAUGGUCAGUCUACCAAUCCACCUGAAUUGUUUAUAAUUUUAGCAUAG